AAUCAAGAGCCUUGGAUCAUUCCUCUCCUAGGAUCCCAGAGAUGCUCACUGCAGGCGCGCGAAUAUGGAUAAUAAUGCCCUCAGGACAUAAAGAGGACAAAUGGGUGACCCUACACCUGAAGCAAAACCAGCUCAUACUGAGCCUCAAAAGAAAGUACUUUGGAGCUUUAACAACUUCAAAAGAAUACAAGCUUAUCAACAUCAUAAGAGAAUGUUUUGAGGCUCAAGACGAGUACUUUGUUAGCUUGAAGACGAACAAUGGCAUCAUCAAGCUUGUUUUCAAAGAUGAAAUGCAAUCAAGCAUCUGGAUAUCUACCAUUUCCAGUGUCUUAAUAUCCUCUUGAUCAAUGUUGUACAAAGCAUUUGACAAGUCUAAUAACAUUUCUUGAACGUCAUACAUCAAAAGUAGAUGUUACAACUUCCCGUCCCACAAUGUAAUUAUAUAUGUAAAACACAAGUUUUACACAAACCAGCAGUAGAAAAAGGGAAUAAAAUGCACUGAAGUAGAGAAAGUGACAA